AUGUCAUCGGCUGCAUCGGAAGCGGGCUCGACUGAGUUCAAAUACGUCGAACCGAACACAUCGGCAGAAUCACCCCGGGACAUUCUCGCUCGAGUGAAGGCCAGAGAAGGCGUAAGCAUCGCGACUCAGCUAGCUGAGGAACUCGUGGAUGAUAACCGAAAUAAAAACGCCGCCGUCGAACAAGACGAUAGCUAUGUCGAUGCGAUCGAUGUUGCUCCACUGCAGCCACACCGGAGUCUUGCAUCUACGCCAGCGACCACUGUCAUGACUCAAUCUUUGGCUAUACGCACCGAUGCAAAGCUUUCCAUCAACCCUAUUAUGACGACGACCUCAAAGAGGCCGCUUGCUACAUUGCAGCGCUAUGAAGUCACGUUGGCAGAAGCCAAUGCAAUGAUCUACGUUUGCAUGACAUUAGCAGCAGCGUGUCUUACACUCUUUGGUCUGGGAGAAGAUAUGGCUGCUAUUGACCUGGUGCUAGUUUUGCAUAUGGCCUUCCUCUUUGGUGUCGCUGUUUGCACGGUUCUACAGUGGAUAUUGGGCGAGUGGUACGCCUCCUUCCUCCGAAGCUUCCGUGACGGGUAUCACCAGGAACGAUAA